CCAUGGUCGCUGUCCCAAGAGAGGUUGUUGGGCCACCUGGCUGGCCAUAAGUGUGUUAGGGGCUCCGAAAGCGACAGCCAUCAGUGUAGGUCUGAGCCCCUGCUGUCGUUAGAGUUCUCUCUACUGCUUAGAACCACCCCACGGACCGUUCGGUAACCGGCACGCCCGGUUUUCUUUCUUUAGAGGGUCCGAGAGCCAUCGGGAGUUACGCUAUCAUCGUUAUUACCGUUUGCAUCGUGGGAAAUCUUAGACGGUCUUAUUCUUUUAGGGAAUGUGACAAUAGGCGUUGUGACUCAAAGCCUUGUGACAGCAUGGACUCACCAGGUUCUAUGAAACGGUCUAGGCUAUUACAGAGGCAUCUCCUGCCGUUUCUGUUGCUCUUCCUUCUGCUCACCUUAUCGCAAUGUCGAGGCGACGCAUUACCGGGUACGUGCGCCGUCGCCGGGGAAUGCGAGUCGGGAGGCGAUGCGGAGGCAGCAGCGAUGGCAGGAAAGGACCGUGUGAAGAUCGACGAGGAAUCUGCUCAAGACGCGAAGAGCCGGGUGGAUCCGUACGCGCUGCUGAAGGACGGACACGCCAAGCUCAAGGCGAAGAACUUCGAGGAAGCGAUUACCGCGUACAAUCAGCUGGACGCCGUUCUGUCCAGCAUCUACGGCACCAUGCUGCAUGGCCGGGGCGUCGCCCACUCCAUGCUGCAGCAGCACCUGCAAGCGGCUGCCGACUUCAAACAGGCAGUGGCGAAGCAGCCCAGCAAGCCCGAGUACUGGAUGGAGCUGGGGCAGGAGUACACCAUUCUCAACGACUAUGAAAAUGCCCACAACGCCUUUACCAAAGCAGUGGAGCUCGACCCUCACAACGACAAGGCCAGGCGAUUCCGAGGCAUGAGUGCGUUUGAGAUCGAGCACUAUGCAGCAGCCCUGGGCGACCUCAUCCCUGCCUUGACCCAAGACCCGUCCAACCCCGAGCUGCUCACGCAAGUGGCCGCCUCCCUCCUGCGCCUCAACCACUACCGCGAGUCGCAGCCGUACUGGGAGGAGGGCGUGCAGGCGCACCCCGAUGACGGGAACCUGUGGCUGCAGAAGGGGAUUACACAUCGGAUCUUGGGCGAGGGGCAGAAGGCGGUUGACUCGCUGCUCAUGGGCCUCACUGUCGAAGAGAACAUUGAGAUCUACCACAACCUGGCCGCCACGAGGCGAUACCAAGGGGAUCACUGGGGCGCCAUUGAGUGGUGCGACAAGGGCCUGGCGUUCCGCCCGGAGGACAGCGAGCUGCUGUACGUGCGCGCCUCCAUGCACCACGCGCUGGGCGACCACGCCACCGCUCUGGCAGGCUACGACCAUCUCAUGGCAAUGGGCGCAGGCCGGCAGAUGACGUUCAACCAAGCCCUCGCCUUCUACCAGAGGGAGGUGCUGCUGUACACGGUGGCCAGGCUGGACCUGCCUUUCUCCGCCUUCCAAAUGGACGAAGACAUGGAUGUGGACUUCAAGGUGGCAUGGCUGAACAGGAGGGUGCCUCCCUCCCUGCCCAAAUAUCACAACCUGUCUGUGCCUGAUCACCAAUUGGAGGGUGCUACAUGGCAGUUGCUGCCGCAGCUGUCAGAAGGUGCCUUGGCUGUGAUCGCUGCGGCUGAUGAGAUUGGCUGGCGGGCUCACUACGAGACGGAUGGUGUGAUGCCAAACAAGCAGCAGCUGCGCAUGGCAGGGCUGGCCGCCCUGGACGUGAUGCAGCGGGUGCGGGGCACGUGGGAGGCCAUCGCUGACGAGCAGCGCCUGCCGAGCAUAGUGGACGAUGACGAGGACGGGGAGGGGGAGGAGGAGAGGCAGAGAGGAGCGGACGAGAGCGACGACGAGGAGGGGUCGGAUGGGCUGACCUCGCCCCCUCGGAUGCCCUUGAGGCGCAUGACAGGCAGUGGGAAUGCGACCCUGCAGCUGGUGGGCAGCUGGCGGCAGCUAUUCCAAGUCAUGGUCCCGUGGCGCCAGCUGUCCGACCCCACGGAGCCCCCCCUCUGGAAGGCCAUGUUCGAGAACCAGCGCUUCCAGGGCAACUUCCAGUCGAACACUCCGAUCCACACGUGGAAGCAGUUCAGCGCCAAGUACAAGGCUAUCUAUGGCAGGGCGGUGGAGGUGACGCGGCAGGGGCUGCUGGAGGGGCAAGAGGCGCUGGAUAUGGAUGGCAACGCCUUCCCUGUUCCACGCGACACCUAUGGCGCUAAGAUCGAGGCAGCGGAGGGCCAUGUGGGGCUGUACAAUGCCGUCGGUCGGGACUUCUACCUGCGCCUGCCGUGCCACAGCAUGGCGCUCCCAGGGACUGUUCUGCGAGGCACGGAGUUCAAGCUGCAUAAGAAGCCGCUGGCGAUUCACUUUGAGACGUACACCAAGAACGACGAGACGCAGUGGCGCCAUCUGGACGACGAGCUCACAGCGGCCUGGGAGAGUCUGUCAGCAGCAGUGUUGGACCUCCCCAUGCGGGCCACGGACAGCAGCCGCUACCAGCAGCGGGUCCGCGAGGGCAUUCUGCGCAUCAGCUACUACUGGUUCCAGCUGAUGCCGCUGUCGCGCGGCUCUGCCAUGGUGGGGCUAAUCUCCAUCCUCGGCCUCUCCAUGGCUGCUGACAUGGAAACCACAACGCGCAUUCCGAAGGAUGUCCUGGUUGACUGGGAAGGGCUGUUUGCCACUCGCUUCCAAGACUUCUACGAUGCCGUGGCUCCUUGGCUCUUCUCAUCCGUUCGACGGUCGCCCUGGCAUCUCCCUGUAGUGCGUGAGGUGCUCCCCACCACACGCCAUGUACUGGCUGCUCUGAGUUACACAUGACUUUGGUGUAUCCUGCUGUUAAGUUAUUACUAUAUGAUAACGAACUUGAAUGUACCGUAGGUGGUAGGUAUCUCUAUUUGUCCUAUCAUCGGAACAGCUGAUUAGUGUGUGAAUACAAAUGCGUAGUUAUUUCAAAACUUUUUGCGGAUACA